UUGGUGGUGUUAAAAUUCCGAAAGAAGCUCAAUCAACUCACUAUAACACAUGUAACAAAUCAUCUCCGAUUGAUUCUCCUAUCAUUCCUAUUCCACAACGUCGUGGUCGAGGUAGACCAAGAAAAAAUAAAAUUAAUGAUAUUCAAACAUCUUCAGCUAGUUCAACUUUAAAUAUCUCCUCUAUACAACAAUCACAUCAAGAUUCUUCAUUGAUUUCUACAAAUUCUACACCGACAGAUGUAAAAAGAAAACAUUCUGACAAUGCAACCACCCUAUCAUCAUCAUCCUCAUCACAUGAUCAUUAUUCUCGUACGGUGUGUGUAAAUAAUAAUACUUUUGAAAAUGUAAAUUUAUCUAUGAGUUCAGCGCAAUCCGGUGAAUAUGAAUUAUCUCACAUUGAAGAAUCUCUAGUGAAAAUGGACGAAUCUAAUUGUUCACAAUAUAAUCAAGAAUUUUCAAAUAAUGAACCUAUUGUUUUAUUAAAUAUUGCAUCAUCCACUACUCCAUCUUCAUCAUUAUCACCAAUAUCAUCUGGAUCGUCUUGUAAAACAUUGAUUAGUAAAACUGGAUUUGUUUCGAAAAAAAAAUCAUCAUGUCAAAAAUCCACUGCCGAUAUUCAAUCCCAAUCCAAUAAAUUAUUACCUCACAUUAAAAUGGAUAAGACAAUAACAAAUGAUGAAGACAGUGUCUACAAUAAUGAUAGUUGUGAUGAAAAUGUCGAACAAUCAAAUCAUCAUCGAAUUAUUGACAAUGUAGCAAAUGAUAUUCUUAUUCAAGUUAAAAAAGCUGCUGAAGAGUCAGCUGCAAAAUUAAAACGAAAAUAUGAAUGCAUUACAAGUAGUGAAACUAAUAAUGAAUAUGUUGGACCGAAAAUUGUAUAUUUGAAUGUAAGGCAUCUAUUUAUAGCAUUGGAUUUAGAUUGA